CGGGGCGGGGGCCGGGGGCGGGCUGAGCCUUUAUAGCGCGAUAACGCCCCGCAGAAGUUGCAAACGCCGGCGAGCGGCGGCGGGGACGGGCGAGGACGAAGCUCGGCUCGGAGCCGGGGCCGCCCCGCAGCGCCCGCCAUGGGCAACGCGGCCGGGGGGCUGGAGGGGGGCGCGGCCCCGCGGGAGCCCCGCGACCACCGCCCGCAGCCCGGGCCGCCCCCGGCCGCCGCCGCUCCGCCGCCCCCCCGGCAGCCCAUGCCCGGGGCCGCCGAGCUGGAGGAGCGCUUCGGCCGCGUCCUGAAUUCCAUGAACCUGCCCCCGGACAAGAUGAAGCUGCUUAACCAGUACGACAGUGAGAAGAAGUGGGAGCUGAUCUGUGACCAGGAGCGUUUCCAGGUGAAGAACCCUCCGUCCGCCUACAUCCAGAAGCUGAAGAGCUACUUGGACACGGGUGGUGUCAGCAGGAAGUUCAAGAGGCGAGUGCAGGAGUCCACGCAGGUGCUCCGGGAGCUGGAGAUCUCCCUGAGGACCAACUACAUCGGCUGGGUCCAGGAGUUCCUCAACGAGGAGAACAAGGGGCUGGACGUGCUGCUGGAGUACCUCGCCUUUGCCCAGUGCUCUGUCGCGUAUGACAUGGAGAGCACAGAGAACAGCCCCGGCUCUGACAAGGGCAAGGAGCGGUCGCUGGAGGACCUGAACAAAAGCACCUCCUCGUCCCCCACCCAGGGCUUCUCCAAAACGCGGCCCCUCACUGUAAGGCUGAACCCCUCGCACAGCAGGAAGGCGCUGCGCAACUCGCGGCUCGUCAGCCAGAAGGACGAUGUCCAUGUGUGCAUCAUGUGCCUCCGCGCCAUCAUGAACUACCAGUCUGGCUUCAGCCUGGUGAUGAACCACCCAGCCUGCGUCAACGAGAUCACCCUGAGCCUCAACAACAAGAACGCCAGGACCAAGGCUCUGGUGCUGGAGCUGCUGGCUGCUGUCUGCCUGGUCCGAGGUGGCCACGACAUCAUCCUGGCUGCCUUCGACAACUUCAAGGAGGUCUGCGGAGAGAAGAACCGCUUCGAGAAGCUGAUGGAGUAUUUCCGAAAUGAGGACACUAACAUUGACUUCAUGGUGGCCUGCAUGCAGUUCAUCAACAUCGUGGUGCACUCGGUGGAGAACAUGAACUUCCGCGUGUUCCUGCAGUACGAGUUCACCCACCUGGGGCUGGACCAGUACCUGGAGACUCUGCGCCUCACCGAGAGCGACAAGCUGCAGGUGCAGAUCCAAGCUUACCUGGACAACGUCUUCGAUGUGGGGGCCAUGCUGGAGGACUCGGAGACCAAGACGGCGGUGCUGGAGCACAUGGAGGAGCUGCAGGAGCACGUCAGCCAGUUGACGGAGAAGCUGCAGAAUGCGGAGAACGACUCCAUGGCCAAGAUAGCGGAGCUGGAGAAGCAGCUGAGCCAGGCACGGCGGGAGCUGGAGGCGCUGCGGGAGCAGCUGAGCCCCCCGCAGCCGCCCAGCCCGCCGUCCCCGCAGCCCCAGGAGUGCUACCGGCUGGCGCUGGAGCGGCGGCUGGCGGAGCUCGAGGAGAAGGGGCUGGUGCAGAUCCUGCGUGGGCCCGACGGAGACGUCGCCAUCGAAAUUGUCCCCGUUGUCAUAGAAACCCCCGCAGCCCCCGUGGUUUCUGGAGAGGCCACUGCCACCACCGACACCACCGCCACCUGCACAGAUGCUCCGGCUCUGGCUCCAGCCCCACCUCCCCCACCGGCACCUGCUGCCCCCCCGCCUCCACCCCCUCCGCCCCCCCCACCUCUGCCGGGGGCUGAGCCCAUCCCUCCCCCACCCCCCGCACCCCCUCUGCCCGCAGGCGCUGCCCCCCCGCCGGCUCCCCCACUCCCGGGUGCCCCAGUGCCACCGCCCCCCCCACCGCUCCCGGGGGGGCCGGAGGGCCCCGUGCCCCCCCCGCCACCGCCCCCUCCCCUCGGUGGGGAGCCCCCAGCCGGGCCGGGUGCCCCCCCCACUGCCAACGGUUCAGUGAAGGUGAAGAAGCCGAUCCAGACCAAGUUCCGCAUGCCCGUCUUCAACUGGGUGGCCCUGAAGCCGAGCCAGAUCGACGGCACCGUCUUCACCGAGCUCAACGACGAGAAGGUGCUGCAGGAGCUGGACAUGAGUGACUUUGAGGAGCAUUUCAAGACCAAGGCGCAGGGCCCCGCCCUGGACAUCAGUGCCCUCAAGGCCAAGGCCACGCAGAAGGCCCCCAGCAAGGUGACCCUCAUGGAGUCCAACCGGGCCAAGAACUUGGCCAUCACCCUGCGCAAGGGCGGCCGCAGCGUCCAGGACAUCUGCACGGCCAUCGAGACGUACGACCAGCAAGCCCUGAGCCUCGACUUCCUGGAGCUGCUGCUGCGCUUCCUGCCCACCGAGUACGAGCGGACCCUGAUCGGGAAGUUCGAGCGGGACCAGCAGCCGCCAGAGGAGCUCUCGGACGAGGACCAGUUCAUGAUCCGCUUCAGCAAGAUCCCGCGCCUGGCCGAGCGCAUGAAUGUCAUGAUCUUCCUGGGCAGCUUCGGCGACACGGCCCAGCUGCUCAUGCCGCAACUCAACGCCAUCAUCGCUGCCUCCAUGUCCCUCAAGUCCUCCAGCAAACUGCGCCACAUCCUCGAGAUCGUCCUGGCCUUCGGGAACUACAUGAAUAGCAGCAAGCGUGGGGCUGCCUACGGCUUCCGGCUGCAGAGCCUUGACGCGCUCCUGGAGAUGAAGUCCACAGACCGCAAGCAGACACUGCUGCAUUACCUGGUGCGGGUGAUCAUGGAGAAGUACCCGGAGCUCACCGGCUUCCACACCGAGCUGCACUUCCUUGACAAGGCAGGCACAGUGUCCCUGGACGGUGUCCUGCAGGAUGUGCGGAGCCUGCAGCAGGGCAUGGAGCUGACCCGCAGGGAGUUCAUGAGACAGGACGACAGCCCCGUGCUCAAGGACUUCCUCAAGGUCAACUCAGAGGUGAUGGAGAAGCUGCAGGCUGACAGCAAAACUGCCAAGGAAGCGUAUGAGUCAGCUGUGGAGUAUUUCGGGGAGAACCCCAAGACCUGUCCCCCCACCACCUUCUUCCCCAUGUUCAUGCGCUUCAUCAGAGCCUACAAGAAAGCAGAGCAGGACAUCGAGCUGUGGAAGAAACAAGAGGCCGCAGCCAAAGAGACGGAAUCUGGCUCCCCUGGCAGCGAGCAGCAGCCCGAGCUGCCUGUCCAGAAGGCCAGGAGGCAGCAGAUGGACAUGAUUGCUGAGCUGAAGAAGAAGCAGAUGGUGAAGGAGCCACUCAUCUACGAAGGCAAAGAUGGGGCCAUUGAGGAUAUAAUUUCAGAUCUGCGGAACAACCCGUACAGGCGGGGGGACAAGGCCCGCGGCAGCGCCAAGAAACGGGGGCAGAGCCUGCAGGCGACACCGGACAUCGCGCUGUGACCGGCGCCAUCCCUGCAGCUCCAGGACCGGGGCAGGAUCAUCUUCCCGACGCGGAUGGGACCGCAGGAUGCCAGUCCGUCCGCCCGGGGCUCGGCGGGGUGCAGGGACAGUGCCCGCUCCGCUUAGCGUGCCAGCUCCGCCCGGCCUGGGCCCGGCACUGGCACCCCCGGCGCUUGCUUGGCCAUGUCCCCGAGCUCCUCGCCCCAGGCUGGCAGGGCUGGGGGGCCCUCCUGGCUACGGACAGGACGGGGAAGCACAGAAAGGGCCCCAACUUGUCCUGGAAGGAAAGAGGGGCUGUCCCAUCCCAUCCCAUCCCCGGCGCUGCUCCCCCGCACCGCUGUGUCCCACCCCUCAGCUUGCUGGUGCCUUUGAUUGCCGCUGCGGGAGGGGAGGGGGUGUCAGCCAGGGUCACAGCGCUCCCCGCACAUCGCCCCCGGCCCCGCAGAGCCCGCGAGCCCCGCGUCCUCCUGCGCUGCAGAACCAGCGGGGAGCUGCUGCAAAGCUCCCACCCCGGGCAUCCCGGACCCAGGCGCUGGCAGCGGUGCUAUUUUACACGAUUUUAUAAGUCUUCCUUCCAAUUUCUCUGUGCUGCGGCAGCGGGGAUUGGAACACCCCCACACAGGGCGUCCCCAAGGCUGUGGCGAGCAGCGCCGGGCUGUUCCUCGCCGCAGGGGAGGCUCCGUGGCUGCGGCAAUCGGCAGCAGGGACGAGUUUCUGCGAGGUGGUGGCACCUCCGCCCACCAUCUCCAGCAUCCACCUGCCCUGUCGGGGCUGGAGCCUCUGGGAUAAACCGUGACUGUCAGCCCUGCGGGGGUCCCCGUUUUGUGGGGUGGGACACGCAGGAGAGGCCGGCAGCCCCCGACCCCCAAAGGCUGCGGGUCGCUGCUGCCGCCGGGCAGGGGAGCCCCGAGAGCCGCAGAGCCGCUCGCCACCGCCCUGGACCGGGCUACCGCUGCCUCCCCUGCCCCGCUGCUGCUGAGGGACCCGGCCCCGCAGUGCCGCAAUUCAACCUCUCGGUGCAUUUAUUUCAUCAAAUGGCCCCUCUCGUCCCCAUGUGAGGACCCUUCUCCCUCCUCCCGUCCUUUCUCGCUCUUCCCAGCUUUAGCCAGAGCAGCCGCUGCUUCCUGCUGUAUUUAAGCUGCUUCAGCGCCGGCUCCGUGUCCGGGGAGGGAUGGGAAAUGAAUGUGUAACUUAUAAUGCCUUUAAGCCUCAAAUGUAAACCAUUAACUGCUCAUUUGUAUACAUUAUUUUUAUAUACUGAAAGCCUGUUUAAUCUAAAGCAGAACUGGCAAUAAAAUGUCUGACCAUAAA